GGUCAGGGCCUCUGUUGGGCAGUGCUGCGUGGGGUCGGAGCUGGGAAGGAUGUCACCAGCGGCAGUGGCCACCUCCCCCUCCACCGAGUGCUCCUGGCCUCCAGUGACAACUCUGGAGACAGCCAUGCAGUGGAAGGUGCCCCUGCUUGUGGGGCUCAUCGUGCUGGGAACGCAAGUCUGCAGCUGCAAAUUUGUAGACAUCGAUAAGAACUUGAAGGAUUUCACCAGUGCUGUGGAGUGUGCUGUGUUUCAGUUCAAUGAGGACCAGGAGGAUGAGUUUGCCUACAAGUUUCUGCAGGUCCACUGGAGCCAGCGUAAGAGACUGACGUGGAUAUAUUUAAUGGACUUGGAGAUGGGGCGUACAGUUUGUAAGAAACAUGAUGAAGACAUUGACAAUUGCCCAUUGCAAGAAGGCACAGAAGAGAAAAUGAUGUUCGAGCUUGGUUUUCCCAGUUCAGCCUCCUGAACAGCACCUGUGUGGAGAGAAGCUGGUGACAGAGCCCAUGGUUUUUUGCAGCAGAAGUCCCCUCUUCCUCUAUAGUGUGGCAGUCUGUAGUCCUAGAUCUGUGCAUCCCAGAAGAAUUAAAGGCAUUUCAAAGCA